GGUCGCGACAUUCGAAGCAUUCCUUUGGUUUUGCAUCUGCGGCAGCAUUUCUUUACAGUAUGGUUGCAUCCCUACGUUUCCUUGCACGAAGUGCUAUUGCCACUAGCCGGUUCAACGCGUGCGCACCAACAACAGCCGCGACAGCAACAUUGAGAUCUUGUUUUCCAAUCAACACCUGCCAUGCUCCUCACAGACAUGGUUUACACGCCAGUACAUCUCGACCUGCGGCUUCUGUCGAGCAGGCUUCUACUGGACAAACUUCCCCUGAUCUGCCUUCCAAUUCGAAAACCUCACCACUCGAUGAUCCCCGCUGGCGCCACCCACGCCUUGGUUUUGCUGCUGCUGACCUUCCGCAUCUCAUCUCCAUCAAGCUGCCUCGGACCGCCACCGAGGAUGAUAUGAAAGCUCUAAUUGCCAGAGCGGGUUAUCCAGACGCUCAAAUCACUAUGUACUACUUUUUCGAAACAGGCAAACCUUUAGAUUUCUGCUACCUGAAAAUAGCGGACAAGAAUCAAGUGGACGCUACCAUUGCUGCUCUGUCACGUUUUACUCUCCUCGGUUCUGAGCUUAAGCCAGAGAAGUAUGAUACCUGGAAGCUUCCUCCUUUGCACCUACCCAGUCUUUUGGCCGGCUGGCUCCCUUCACCAACCAGUGAUCUCAAAUCUCGAGUCGUCCGACCACCUAUUACAACGCCUCCUAAGCUCCUAUCCCCUUUGAUGGCAGAGCAAUGGAUACUAUUCCUGAACCUACCGCCCGUGGACCCAGCAAAAAAAGAUGCUCGUUUCGAGAUUACACGAGAGUUCUACGAGAAGUUCCACCAGUACGAUGUCGUAGGCAUCACAACCCCACGAGAGCACCACAGGAAAUCCAACGGUUGGAGUUGUAAGAUCCUGUUUGGAAAUCGCAAAGAUGCAAAGGCGGCACUCAAGUCACAUGUGAAAACAUCGUUCAUGGGCCGCGUGGGAAGGGCGAGAACCUUUAGGGGCGGGCCUGAUAUCCACAAGUCACUCUGGGACUACCGGCGAUCCCUUCCCGAAGAUACGCCCGACAGCGAGGUCGGUCACCUGUUGGAGGAGAAGUACAAAGGGUUGUACAAAGUCCAAGAUGCAGAUCGCCAACGACGCAUUCAAUAUCCUACCCCGGAAUCAGCCAUUGGGCUCAAGAAGGAUGCAUCCACAUCUGAUUGAUCGGUGUGAUCAUCCUAUUCAUAUGAGGCUUCGCAUAGCAAUGACUGCGGUUGAGACAACUUGUAAUAUUAUCUUGUCCGAGGACUGUCUAGAUCC